AUGGGUAGAGCUCCUUGUUGUGACAAAGCAAACGUGAAGAAAGGUCCUUGGUCUCCAGAAGAAGAUUCUAAGCUCAAAUCCUACAUAGAACAACAUGGUACUGGUGGCAACUGGAUUGCUCUUCCACAAAAAAUUGGUUUGAAACGCUGUGGAAAAAGUUGUCGUUUAAGGUGGUUAAACUAUCUUCGCCCUAAUCUCAAACAUGGUGGUUUUUCAGAAGAAGAAGAUAACAUCAUUUGUAGUCUUUACAUCAGUAUCGGAAGCAGGUGGUCGAUAAUUGCAGCUCAAUUGCCAGGAAGAACAGAUAAUGACAUAAAGAACUAUUGGAACACAAGGUUGAAAAAGAAGCUUUUAGGAAAACAUCGUAAAGAACAACAUCAUCAACAACAACAAGCACGUAAUAGAGGAAACAACGGUGUUAAUAUUGUUAAGCAAGAAAACAACAAUCAAUUUUCUUUAUCAGAUUUGGUUCAAGAGCAUGCAUAUUUGCCACAUCAUGUAAUGCAAAAUUUGCUAUCUACACCUCCGCCGCCGCCGCCUCCUCCGUCAAUGUUGUCAUCAUACACAAACCAAGGCUUCAACGAUCAAGAUUCCAUCAGGAAACUACUUAUCAAGCUUGGAGGAAGAUUCUCAGGUGAUUAUCAUCAUCAUCAUCCUAAUUCUAGUACUAAUGACUUUGAUGGUUUGAAUGUCCAAUUCUCAAAUAAUGCUACUUCUUCAACUCAUGAACAAGUUUAUGAUCAAGAACAUGUUGGAUCUUCUUCUUGUGUUAAUUCUUCAAAUGGCAACAAUCAAGUACAGUUUGUACAAAAUGGUCAAUACUUCGACUCGGUGCAAGAAGAACAAGGAAAAUUCAUCCCUGAAAUUGAUCAUUUGGUGUCUACUAGUUUUUCACCAAGAUUUGAUGGGUUGGAAUUCUUGUAUGGGGAUGAAAACAUGAGUAUUGAAAAUAAUAAGAUAGAAGGUUCUAAUACUUCGUGGGGUGAAGCUACUACUUCAAGUUAUCAUCACACUCUUGAUUCGAAAUACCAAGGUUAG